CGUAUUUUCAUUUGAAAUGAGGAGACAACUUUUGAAGCUCAUUUUGUUCGAAGUGUCACGUCGGUUUGUCGGUGGUAUCACUUCCAGUGCAAAAGUGUCUAGAAAGUGUGCUAAAAGCAUAAAAACAGUCAUCUCCUGAAAACCCCUAUAAUGCUGAUAAGCCGAUUGUCCGAUCACUUCGAUCGUGAAAUGUAUGGGAUCGUCAGAACUGCAUCAGCAACACAUUGAGAUAGAUCAUCGAACAGCACUGUCACAUCCCCUAUUUACUCCGAUUAUUCUGCUCUUCAUGGUAUCCGCUGUAUUUCGCUUAUCUGCCAGUAAUCGUGAUGCGAUAGCGUAUAGAGGUUUUCUGCAGAAAUCGUACUACCUCGGUACCACAUUCAGGCUAAACUGGCAUAAGGCAGCCGCCUUCUGUCGAUCGCAAGGACGCUUCCUGGUAUCGAUUAACAGCCAGUCACAGCUAGAUGAAGUGAUUGAGUACAUCAACAAAAGUGGAUUCUUUAAUGCGAACGAGAGCAACCUGCAACUGUGGACAUCGGGCAAUGAUUUGGGAGAGCAAAACCAAUUCCUCUGGACGUCGACCGGUGAGAGGAUCGCGUUUGAUCGGUGGACCCAGGGUGAACCAAACCACGGCCGGGUGAACGAUUGUACAGUGGAGCGUUGCGUGGUGCUGCAGCACUAUCAAAACGGUCCCGGUGCUACCUAUUCGUUCGAUGAUAGACCAUGCGAAAAGGAAUACUUUUUCAUGUGCGAAUCGUUGGAUGGUUAGAGUGCAGGAUAUAGGGCUUGUUAUAGUGGUAAAACGGGAUUUAGUUAUCAUAAUUCCCAACUUUAAAGAGAAAUCAAAACGUGCAAAUUUCAAUAUUCGUAUUCAAUGCGUAUUCUGUAGACCGUCCGAAUGAACAUUACAAAAUACAAAAGUUAACGGUUCCACUGGGUUCCGUAUGCAAUGCAAAGCAAUCGCAAAUGUAUUAAUGAUGGGUUGCUGUAUAACCGGGAGUUCAUCGUACAUGUCGCAUAGCUUGCUGUUAUAUCGGUUCCUCCAUUGUCCUUCCACACAGACGGGCCCCAA